AUGGGCAAAAGUAAGGAAGACAUCGGAAAGUACGGUGUCCGGGUAGAAAACCCCAUCGCCGGUUCAGAGUGUGAACUUGAUAUCGGAGGAGGAUUUGAUAUGCAGGGCCAGGGUGCGUGGGAGAAGGGGGCCCACCGGGGGCAUCCACAGAGGGUCCCAGGGCUCGUGCCAGGUGGUGUCUGA